UGCUGACGUUGUUGAGGUUGGGUGUUAUAGCUCCGUCUUUGUGUGGUGGGAUUUAGUUUGUUUUCGAUUGUGGACUAUAGGCUUGAUAUGACCGCACGCACCUAGAGGCACUAACCACACGUGUCAUCGGACAGUGUAAAAUUUCCAAGGUUGGGAAAACCAUGAAGCCUUAAUAUUUGCAACACUGAACAAAGCCGACGAUACACGGAAAGGAAUGUGUCACUGAUAAACGCGCGUCAGCCAUGACCAUCGCUACCGUGGAGAAAAUGCCAACGAACGCACUGAAGGCUCAUCAAAAUCAUUAGCUUACGAGAGCCAUGAACCUCAGUAUGAGCGCCUCGCCAACCCACCAAGACGACCCGUACUCCUACAGUCCCGAACACGGCUGCUGGGUCCUGAGUAACACCACACACCUCAAUGAAACGGAAAACACUUCCACCUACUGCUACUACGGGCUACACGUGAUCAUCCCCAUCGCGACGAUCUUGGUGACGGCGAUGGUCCUGGCCAUCGUCGGGAACUUCAUGGUGAUCAUCACGAUAGCACGGCACCGAGGGAUGAGGACGAGGACCAACCUCCUCUUGGCUAACUUGGCUGUCGCGGACAUUCUCGUGGCCGUGUUGGACAUGCCCAUCUCUCUCAUCACCGUCAUCAAGGGGGACUGGAUCUUCAGCCACAACUUCUGUGACUUCAAUGGCUUUGCAGUUGGGUUGGGAUUCAUGCUGUCCAUACACACUCUCAUGUGGAUCAGCAUCCACAAGUAUAUCUCCAUCACAAGGCCCUUCUCCCGUUCCGUGACACCAGGCAAGAUAACGAUGAUGAUUCUAGCAGCCUGGGCUUGGGACUUCUACAACCUGACGCCUACGUCCCUCAUAGGCCUAACUGACACAGAGUAUAAACUGGGGGCCUCCCAGUGUGGUCCUGCCAUCCCCCGGGCCCUGUCGCAGUAUAUUCAUUCGGCCAUCAACACGAUCAUGAAUCUGGCCCUUCCCAUAACGAUCAUGACCUUCUGCUAUUAUCGCAUCUUCAAGGAAGUGAAGGACCACUUGAAGAGGAUGCGUCAUUUCGCCGACGAAAGCGCCUGCAACUCGCUGAUCGAGCAGAAGCAGAUCACGGAGACGCUGUGCAUCGUGCUCUCCGUGUUCGUCUUGUUCUGGCUGCCUUACAUCGUCUACUCCAUGUCCCUAGCCGGCCUUGGCAAGAAGUAUGUUCCGGUUAUUGCCAACCCCAUCGCUUACAUGUUCGGGUACAUGAAUUCGGCCUGCAAUCCCAUAAUCUACGCUCUCCGCUCCCACUCAUUCCGUCGGGGGUUCAAAGAAAUCAUUUGCGGAGCCGACCAGCGUGGGUUCUCAGCAGGUUCGUAUAGCGGUGGAUCCUGUUCCCGGGGAACGUCCAUUCCGAGGAAGCAGCCCGUCGCCGUCACUGGUUCAAUUUAUGGGCGAAGGGACAGCAGGACUAGCACCAUAGGGGGAAGGAUGGUGCUCUCCUUCCGCCGGUCGCUAUUCAAUAAGGGAGUCGUUGGGCGGGAAAAGAUGCAGAAUCUUUCCUUCCACGGGAUUAAGAGACAACCCAAACCAGCGGCGGGACAGUUCUCUCCAGUUUCCAGAGUUGCCAGAAACGGGACAGAUGGCGCUCCGGAGAGAAGAAAUCCCCAAAAGAUGGAACAGACGCAUCAACAGCUUCACAAAGAAGAUGAGAGAACUAAUCCCGUCGCCUAUAAAAACAUGAACGCAGGAUUUAAAGUGCAAAUAUCCCAGAACGUCAACAGAAAGCCCGAAUUCUGUGAUUCCUGUAGUUCUGAAGUCAAAGCAAACAGAAGCAGAAGCGUUUCUGCAUUAAGCAGAACAGCUGAGGAAGGAGAUGCAGAUGAGGUGGCACAGACUGAUAUCCAGGUGACUAAAAACGACAACUCCCCUGACGUGAAUCAUUUCAGUGUGCAUCCACAGGUCGAUAAUGAGAAAGAGUCUGGAAAUCCGUGCAAUAUCACACCGCAGACUUUGCUUCUUUCUCAUGAUUACAAAAUAAGCGCUUCGCAACCCGAUGUUACAAUGCACCCCUCUCCGAAUCUCAACAUUUGGGUUGGGGGUUCGAGGAUUAGCAGCAGUAACCGUGACAUUCUCGUUACAACACUAGAAAUAAAAAAUAAUCAGAUCAGAUCUGUAUCGGUUGGUGAUGUGAGGGUAACGUGUCCUUCUCCCCCUCCUUCACCCACUGAACCAUCCCCAGCGUCUUGUCCCGAAGUGCUGGACACUUGCUUCAAUGAAGAAGCCCAUGAGGAGGCCUUACCUCAUCUGCCCUCACAAAAAUUCAAACGUAAGUUUGUGUGGCAACCCAGCGUCGAUACCCUCUAUGGCUCGCCUCUUAUAUCUAGACGGAAGUUUCACACGAGAAAAAUGGGAAUCAGUGGAGGAAUGGACACUACUAGCACAGACAGAUACGAACCAGUUCCAAGAGAGAAGAAAUCCAGCACGGGCAGCCAAGGUCCCGCUAAGAAAAUCAGCACCGGGAGCCUGGGAGGAACAAGCAAAAAUCUGCUCGUGACGAACCUCAUCACCAGCUUCAAGAAGUCCCUCACGGAUUUGUUCCACAACAACGACGACCAUUCAGAAAUGCUGCAGCCUGAGACUCCAAAUGUGGUUUGCGAAGGUGUAAGGGCGCUGAAUGAAUCCGGAGGAGUUUAUCACAGUAGUUUACCUGAUGAUGAUCACACGGACACAGCAGAGAAAAGCCUCACCGAUGUCUUUGUUAAGCCGAGGUCAAGCUCUUGUGACGGAACUGCAGACAGUUGUCUUGAUGCAAAUGAUGGCUAUAUAUGAGCUCAGUGGAUCGAGUGAUUUAUCUGCUCUCCCAUCUUAACAUGGAGUCGUGUUUGUAUGUAAAUGUACAGUAUAAAGAAUAUUUAUAUGCGGCUUUUUAUGUAUAUAUGUAUUUGUUCUUUAAAUCUCAUAGUCAGUAAUAUAAUCCUCGAUUUUCAUUAGAUUCUCACAGUUAGACGUGUCAGAAAACCAUUUAAGAUAUAGCAUUGUGUGGUGAGCGUCGUAAUUAAUUUGAUGUAUUAUCUGUACACAAUUUUGUAAGUUUCAUGAUAGGGUUUAGAGUGGGACUUUACUUUCAGCUCUUGCCAAUCCGUAUGUCGCUAUUUCUUUUUCUGGUGUCGAUGAUUUUAGGGAUUAUUGUGGAUGCAAUAUUCCACUUGAUGUUUUCUAAAGGAACUCAGUGUGUCUGCGGUUCCAGACCUUUGGAUUAGUCGCCACGAAAAGCUUUUGUGUCUGUGGAUGCCAAUAUUCGUUAAAGGAUUCAAUAGAAGGUCUUGAGAAACUGUGUGGGGGUCAUUUUGUUCCUUACCACCUCUCAAAGACAUCUCUGUACCUUAUAAAGUUCGCUGAGGGUAUUUGGUGUAUCGUAAUUUAGGCUUUAUUUGUGAGAGUGCAUUUAUCCACUAAUAAUAAAUUUCCAUUCACUCUUCUUUACCUUUAGAGUAAUUCCAAGAAUAAGGUUUCGAAGGUUUUGUGUGAAUCGUUUAAAAAAAAAACUAAGAAGUCACCAAUAUUAUACUCUAGAGGUUCGCUUUCCUCAUUGAUGGUACCUGACUAUGAUUGCUUUCCUUCACGAUUUGAUAGACUUUACUGUUAGUGCGAUGUUAUAAACUUGCCGUAAUUAUUAUAGUAUUAUCGAUAUGAUAUUAUGUAUUCAUCAUAAUUUGCAUAGCACCAUUUCAUUACAUUACGCUGUUCAUUGCUUGUUCAUAUUCUACAGCAGUUUUGUAACUCGUUAAAGUAAAGGCCAUUUUCUACAGGACAGAGAAGAGGCGGUGUUUCCUUUUAUUAGUUUAGGACUUAAAAAACCAAAGUUAUAUUGUUUAUUGUUACGGUUUUCUGUCAAAUCUGACAUGAAUAAUAACUUGUGUGUGUGUGCAUGAGAGAGAGAGAGAAGAGAGAGAGAGAGAGAGAGUAAACAACUGGGACUGAAACAGGAAAAGCGGUAAUAGAUAAAUAAUUCAUGACCCUAAUAAGAAACAGAAACAAAUCUUGAUUUAGCGUGAAAAUGCCAUAAAUUACGCUGAAAGCUUAAGCUUAGUAUGUCCCUUUAUCAUUAUAUACAUACAUACAUACAUAUAUAUAUAUAUAUAUAUAUAUAUAUA